UAUCACUUCUAUUCAGAGCUUAGAAAUGGAGGCGUUGUGUUUGUUGGGCAACUGGCAAAAGGACCCUCGUGUGUCAGAUCACGUAAGUGACAACACGUUGGUUAUGGAUAUUUUUAACCAAAAUCUUCCCGGUGGCCAUCAGUCUCAUCAGUUGCUGCAGAGCACUCCAUUGGAUUUGAUUGAGACUGGUAAAGGGCUGAAGGUCCAAGCAGAGCACCCCCAUUUGGUCAGUCUAGGAAGUGGCCGCCUCAGCACGGCCAUCACCCUCUUGCCCCUGCCUGAAGGCAAGACCACUCUGGGUCAUGGAGCCAUGGACAUUAACAUCCAGGGCCCAGGGAUUGCAGCUCAACAUUGCUUUAUCGAGAACAAGGCUGGAGUCAUCACUCUGCACCCCUGUGGAAACAAGUGCAGCAUGGAUGGACUACCAAUCACCAAGCCUUUUCGCUUGUCUCAAGGCUGUAUGCUGUGUUUUGGCCAAUCCGCCUUCUUCCGCUUCAACCACCCUGAGGAGGCUUUCCGAAUGAAAAGCAUGAUGCCUGAGGGAGGACAGACAGCCUGUUUGAAAAACUGGACCCAUACAGAUUCUGUGAACCUUGUCAAUGGGAACCACUCAUCAGGGGUGCCAGGAUCCCACCCGGUCUCCAAUGAGAGAGUGCGUCCAGAGCACGGUGCCAUUGUCAGUUCCAUCGAGAAAGACCUUCAGGACAUUAUGGACUCACUAUUCAUGGAUGAUCCUCAGCCAUCUUCUUCUGAGUCAAAGAAGCCCAUUGGUCAGCCUAUCUCCCAGUCCCCUCUAUCCCCUAUGUUAAAUGGAGGUGGCCGUUUUCUACUCUCUCCUCCAACAAGCCCUGGUGCUAUGUCUGUGGGCUCCAGUUACGAAAACACCUCCCCUCCUUUCUCGCCUCUUUCAUCCCCAUCGGCUGCCAGCAGUGACAGCUAUAGAAGUCCCUCGCCGAGUGGUUGUCAGGACCAGAUUCACACGCUUCCUCCUGUGCCAGUGAGGUCCUCCAGCUACAAUUACACCAGCCAGCCUCCCAUACCUCAGCCACGGACAAUACUGCCCAACUAUUCUAGUGUCAGCAGUGGCCCUAAGGUGCCUGAGAGUCCCAGACUCCAGAGAAAGGCUCUUUUAGAAGCACCUCUAAGCCCAAAGCCAGCCCGUAGGGUGUUGAACCAAGACUGCUUAGUGGCUAAAAUUCCAGAGAGCCCCAUACAGACUCACAUUCUGCCCUCUGUCUCAAUCUCUACCGCUCCUUCUGAUGCUCCAUCUGUCAGUCGGGUGCAAGUUCCAGGUAGCCCCAGAUUGACCCCCAAAUUCUCCGCCGCAUCCCCAUCUUCCUCACCCUCUAAUACCAGAACUAAAGCUGCCAUUGUCCUUCAGGAAAGGCCCUCAAGUCCUUUCCGGGAGCAGCCUCAGCCAGACCGCUCCUUGACGCCCAGUCCGCUCUCCCCGCCCUCGCGAUCUUUUCAGCCCCCCUUGGACCCCAUAGUCCACAUCAUUCAGGGCGGACCUUCAUACUCGCACCCGCGCACUCUACAGCCUAUAGAAAGCCCACGGCUGGCCCGCAGGAACCUUGAUGGGAGCAGCAUGAGGGAACUUCCUCCUCUCAGCCCCUCCAUAGUUCAUAGGGGAUUACCUGUGCUGCCAGCAGUUAUAGCGGGAACCCUGCGGACCCCAGAGACCCCAUCACCAAGACUGGUUCCAGAGAGCCCCAGAUUCAGGCGGAAAGCAGACUCUCCUACAGAAGAACAGUUCAGUCCUCGUGUAAUGCGUACCUGCAGCCCAUCACCCACCAUGGAUGGGCGGAAGGGCAGUUUUGGGAAUUCACUAUCUUCGGCAUUCAGUCUAGGCUCUCUGCCUGGAUCAUCUCCCCGAUCCAGUCCCAAGAGCCACAGGAAGAUGUCAGCGGGCCACAGGGACCUUCGGCUUCCUCACCCAGGCAUGAGGGAGCGCAAAAACAGCAUCACUGAGAUUAGCGACAAUGAGGAUGACCUGCUGGAGUACCAUCGGCGCCAGAGAGAAGAGCGACUCAGAGAACAGGAAAUGGAGAGACUGGAACGACAGCGGCUUGAGACAAUCUUGAACCUCUGUGCGGAGUAUAACAAGGGCGACGGGCCGGCGGGUGAUCUGGCCAGGAUGGGCAUCUCUGGGCUUGGCUCAGGGGAGGGGCUUAAUGUCAGACGACCCUCCACGGACAGUGUGAGCAGUGCUUCCUUGAGGGUGGUGCAGAGACAUCGUGAGAGCCAAGAGGACAACCUGAAGGAGGACUGCAGCAGCACUGAGAGUGCACAGCAGGACGGACAGACCCUAACAGUUCUGCUGAACGGACAGAAUGGACAGGCUCAGGACUCUCCAGGAUCGGGCAGCAUCAACCGUCUGGAACUGGGCUACUUGGAAGAGGAGCGGGUUCGAGUGCUAGCGAAGGUAGAUGAGCUCAAAGCUCGAAUCACAGAACUGGAACAGCAACUUCAGGAGUCCAAACAGGAGGUGGAGAUGGAGAGAGCUCUGCUUCAGGGAGAGAGAGAGGCUGAGAUGGAGCAAAUCGAGGCAGAGACGGAGAUUAUCAACCAGCUGCAAUGCAAAAUCAGUGAACUGGAGAGCACUUACCAGAGAGAGAAAGACAAGGAGAGGGCUAAUGUUGACUCCGAGCGGGAAGCCCUGGAGAGGCUUCAGGAUGGGUACAAUGAGUUGACGAGCCAGCUCCAUAACUGCCCUGAGUCUCUGAGGGAGCAGUUACAGGAACAACUCAAGAGGGAAGCAGAGACUCUUGAGGCUGCGACUAAGCAGUUUGAGGACUUGGAGUUCCAGCAGUUAGAGAAGGAGAGCAGUCUAGAAGAGGAACGAGAGACCAUCAGCCAGCAGCUGCUACAGGAUAGAGUACAGUACCACAGCAGUGUGGCCAAAAGAAAGGAAAAGGUUUUAGCCCUGGAAAGCCAGGCCAGUCAGUUUGGCAUGCAAGCCUCUCAGGAGUGUGAGAGGCUUGCCAAAGACAGAAGCAUCACCUUCCAGCUGCUACAUAAGGAAAAGGAGAGGUUAGCCAAUCUGGAGAGGAGAUACCAGAGCUUAACGGGUGGAAAGACUUUUCCAAAGAGCUCCAGCACUAUAAAGGAGGAGUACUUGCAGCUGUUGGAUGUUUAUAAGAUGUAUGGGAGUGAUUGCCAUGACAUCCAGCUCACCAACGCUUCCUCACACGCCCUCUCGCUUGCCCUUGACCCGGCUGUAACUGCCCCUCGUGAGGAGUAUGUGACUGUGGGUCAGUUAAACCAGAUCUAUGGGAUGCCAAAGGUGGAGUCUUCCCCUACCUCUCCUGCCCAAUUAUUGCAAUCUUCUCUCGCAGACUCCGCCUUCUCCUGCCUCCAUUCCCCUCAUGGCUCCUCCCUCUCUCUCUCCUUUGAGCAUCAGUCAGAGUGGGGCAGGCCUCAGACAGCUGCUCUAGAUUUAGAGCGCUGGUACCAGGAGGUCAUGGCAACUGGAGAUGCAAACCAGCUCUGCCCUCCUCCCCUUCCGGCUAAAGCUUUCUCAGCACGUAAGCCUGUGCAGGUUUACCGCUCCCGUCUAGACAGUGAUACAAGCCAAUCAUCAAUGAGACCUAAAGUCAGUGCUGGUCUGUCCCCGACAUACACUACGGCAACACUCGGACGCAAGACUCCUGCCAGGAGUCCUCUGAUGGUAGCCAACAGCACGGGGAGUCUCCCACGCAACCUGGCAGCCACCCUGCAAGACAUCGAGACUAAGAGGCAGCUGGCCCUUCAGCAGAAAGGGCAACAAGUUAUCGAUGAGCAGCGGAGGCGUUUGGCCGAGCUAAAGCAGAAAGCUGCAGUGGAGGCUCAGUGCCAGUGGGAGGCGCUUCACGGCUCCCAGACGCAGCUCAACCAUCCCUUCCCCUCCAACACCACCCCAGUCAUGCAUCACUCCAUUCUCCACCACACAGUACCCUCUGCUGGAGAACAAGCAUAUGACACCCUCAGCCUGGAGAGCUCGGACAGCAUGGACACUAGCAUCUCAACGGGAAACAACUCUGCCUGCUCCCCUGACAACAUGUCCAGUGCCAGUGGUAUGGAUGCUCUGAAGAUUGAGGAGAUGGAAAAGAUGCUGAAGGAGGCCCAACUGGAGAAGGCUCGACUCAUAGAGUCCAGAGGGCGAGAGAAUCAGGCGCGGAAGCUGAUGCUGGAUGAAGAGAGAAGGAGAAGGGAGGAGGCAGAGAUGAGACUACAAGAGGAGACGGUAAACAGACAACAGCUCAUAGAGAAGGAGGUGAAGAUGAGGUCCAAAAACUUCUCUCAGGCCCGACCCAUGACACGCUACCUACCCAUUCGCAAAGAAGAAUUUGACCUCCGUUCACACAUCGAGUCCUCAGGUCACAAUGUAGACACAUGCAGCCUCAUCAUUCUCACCGAAAAGAUGUGCAAGGGCUAUCUUGUCAAGAUGGGAGGAAAGAUCAAAUCCUGGAGGAAACGCUGGUUCGUCUUUGAUCGCCUUAAAAGGACAUUUUCAUACUAUGCCGAUAAACACGAGAGCAAACUGAAAGGUGUCAUCUACUUCCAGGCCAUCGAAGAGGUUUACUAUGAUCAUCUACGCAGUGCCACAAAGAAAGGAUUUUUCAAUCUGAAUUUGACAAACAGUCCCAACCCCUCCCUCACAUUCUGUGUGAAGACCCACGACAGACUUUACUACAUGGUUGCUCCCUCUGCAGAGGCCAUGAGAAUAUGGAUGGAUGUGAUUGUGACUGGUGCAGAGGGCUACACGCAAUUCAUGAACUGAGAUAAAAAUAAAUAAAAAACCAGCUGCUCUCUAAACUAAACGUCAAAACGGAAACUGUUCGGCAGGGAGACUUCAAAUCACCCAGACCUGUAAUUCCCAACAAGAGGAAAGACUCUAUUUUUUUACUUCCUUUUUCUUCUUCUGUUUCUUGAUGAUGUUGUAUAUUCACUCGGCUGCACAGACACACAUCCUCCAGAGGUUUUCUAUGUCUGCCUGGAAUGACAAAGGGAGCUCUAGAAGAUGAAAAGACCUUGUGAACCAAACCUGCAGGUGGUGGCUCACUUGCCAUCUGUGAAAAUGCAUUUUAUGCCAUCAGAGAUCCUUUUCAGUUGCAGUUUUGCUUGUGUGGACACACAAAAAUUUAUAUUAGACUUUUAUUUUUAAUGUUUGUCCUGAUGAUAUGUUUUUCCACAUGAAAUGGGAAAAAUACCAAAUGACAUCAAGCCAUUCUGGAUAGUAUUUUGUUAAAACAUUUGAUGGUUUUGACUGUUAUGAAAUGAUAUGAAAGGAUAUGAAUUAACCACAGUAAAAUAUGUGAAGUUUUUAAAUGACAUUUUUAAGAGUAUUACAUUAAUAUGAAACAAUUUUAAGAGCUCUAGACCAGUGUAGUUCUCAACUGGAUUGCUUCAGGACCCAGAUUUUACAUUGGACAACAAGUGGAGACCCAACAUAGUACCAAAAUGGUUUACAAGACAAUCAUUUUGUCCAGAUCUAUUAAAUUAUUCAAAAUUACAUAAAAAUGCUGUUACUUUAAUACAACUCUUCCUUGAUAAUGCUUUCAAUUACUAAGUUCAAAGUCAUUUUGAUGUUUUUUUCUGGGGCUUAAAGUAAACAAUGUCAUGUGGUGCAACUGUCCGGAGAAGGUAAAAAUAAAAUCAAAGUCUUAUUAAAAGCUGAUAUUAUUUAUAGUGAGAGCUGUGAAACAGGCUCUUCUCCGUAGAGGCGGUGCUGAGCCCUCACAGGAACAACAGAUCUAUAGUACAGAGGCGAGAACACCGAUGGCAAACGGCAAGUAGAUUGUAGCGUUACAGCUUGUCGAAUUUGCCAAAAAACAAUGUCACGUCCCGGCGCUACAGUACAUCAAACAUGUAGUUUUAUUCAGCAAGUUAUAAUAAGUAAUAUUAUAUAUAACAAGUAUCAUAAGUAACAAAAACAAGCUUAUUAAAAAAAUCUGACAAUGUAAGAUACCCGCUAUUAGAUGAAACUUAAUAAUUUCUGGUUUUGACCUCAAGUGUACAACACUUGCGCACAUGUUAUAAGCCGGUAAUAACACCGGUAAAGUUUCCAGUGUCCCGAUCGUUUUAUGUUCAAGCCUCUAAGUAAUAUUGGAUUAUGCACAUAUAUCAUAAAACUAGAGGUCAGGUUCCUCUCAAGUUCUAAAUAACUGAAAGUUUUUUUCUUGCUACUGUCACUUUAGUUUGCUCUAUUUGAGCUUUCUAACAAGGCAUGAUUUUCUAUAAAGCUGAUUUGAAAUUUGAUGUUUAUUGUAAAAAGUGCUGUACAAAUAUAAAUUACUUGAGUAUAGACAAAAACAUUUUUCUGAAGAAAAAUAGUUAAUAUCAGUUUUUCUCAUUACCAUCAAAAUAAAUGCAGUGGUAUUGUGUAAGAUACUUUAUUAUAGAGCGCUACCUUUUGUUGCCAAUGUCAGACACUGUUGUGUCAUUUAUGAUUUAAAAAACAGUUAUAUUGAAUCCUUUAAUAAGUUUGAGUAACACAUUUGUGAGCGCUGUUUAAAUUUCUUUUUAUAAAAGUAUAUAAAAAGUAUCGUAUAGUGAGGCUUUGCAUCGUAUCACAUCAUAUAGUGAAAUAUGUUACAUGACUUAUAUAUAUAUAUAUAUAUAUUUAUUGUCAUAUCAUUAAAUAUCAAUCAUUUGACAUUUUAAAAAAAAAGGCACAUUUGGUCAGUUCAUAUGGUGUUACCCUGAAAAAACCUCUUGAUAUUUUGAAAUUUUUGAUAUUUGUGAAAAAUUAAAAAUAGCCUUGAAAAGUAUAUUUGAAAACAUUUUUGACAACAAUGGUUAUGUUACAUACACUCAUGCAUUUUAAUUGCAGGAAUCUAUUUAAAUACCCUUUACUUGAUGGUUACACCUCAUGAUAUUUUUGAAAUCAUUAAAUUAUAUAUAUAUAUAAUUUAAUAAUGCUUUUAUAUUAUUUAUUUAUUUAAAACAUUUUUGCCCAAAAUGCUGUAUGUUUUUCAAAUAUUUUAAACCAACAAACUGACAUGGACAAAAAGAUUACACUACUACUUGUUUUAUACUAGAUUUUUAAAAUAUUUCUGUACAUACAUAAAUUAACAAAAAUUUCUUUAAAAUUGCACAAUAUGCACGUUGUGGAUGAAUUUGCACCCAAGUAAUAUAGAGUUUGAAUGGACACAUGGAAACAACAACAAAAAAUGUUAGGAAGCAUUUUCUACUCCUUUAAUAAUUUGCAUUAAGCAUUAUACUCUCCCUGCUUUCUCUGCCUUUGACCCUAAAAGAACUGACCUGUGACCCAUUUUUGGGUCCCGACCAACCAGUUGAGAACCACUAGUACUAGACAAACUUCUGCUAUCACUGAAACAAAUACUUAAUUUACCAAAGCUCACCUACCAGCUCAGGAGUCUUUAUCUAUUUAUUGUUUAUUGACAUCACCAACUCCUGUUUAACUGUACCCCACUGUGUAUCUAUGAGUUUCCAGCAAAUUCUGAGAAACAAAAACUCACACAUGCAUGCACACAUUCACAACACCAAACACAAACAUAUAAUAUACAGUAGAGUCUACUUGCCAAGUCCUGUUAACUUGAUCUUGUAAAUCGAUCUAUAGUCACUGCCAGCCUACAAGAGCUUGAAAGAUUGCCAGAAACGGGACAAAAAGGAAAUGACAUAAUCAUACAAGUCAUACAGUGCCUUGAUUUGACACCUGUAUUUGUCACUCUUAGUAGCUGAACUGUUACACAAGUAAAAAAUAGCUGGAAUCACAAUCUUAUUCCAUGUGAUAUAUAGAGGGGUUUUAUGUUUUCAGAAAUUAUUGUGACAAUUCUAAACGGACAUGUACUGUAAUAAAAAAAAUGGUGACCUGGAUUAUUUAGAUAUUUUUGGAUUGAGAUGAAACUGCUUUAAUGCAUAAUUUAACAAGCUAUUCAAAUGUUUUAACAGCUCUUGAACUAUUAAUGUUUUACAGGAAGGCAGGCUAUAGUUGCAUGUCUGCUUUGCCUUGUGUUACGGGAAAAUAGAAAUGUUUAUUUAUGGUUAGCUAUGUUACCGAGCAGCUAUGACACUGUUAAAGACCAACAUGAUCUGCUUUUUCCCAAAACCAAACUGUAUGCUUAAAGAAAAUCUACCGAGAACGUAAAUCAACAAUGUUUUGAUGAUAAGAAGUUUUCAUUUUGCGUGUAAAUUGUCGAUGACUAUGUUCACACAAUUAGGUGAAAACAGUGUUGAAAAAUGUUGAAUAUAAAUACGCUCACGGAGUUUUCUUAAUUUAAAAUGUGUUUUUGUGUCCACAUUCCUAAAUAUCACAUAAAACAGUCCAUUUACACACACAAACACACUUGUGUGAGUGCAGAAAGGUCAUAACCGAACUCGGACUGAAGAUGUAAAAGGGCAAGUAACUCUCACUGUUGUAAUUAACACUGCAACAGCAACAGAAAUCUUGCAUCAUAACUAUUGUGUUGUUGUAAUGACACCAGACACCAGAGCAGAAUGCUAAAUUAAAUAGCUAUGGCUACAGACCAUUAAGUAAAACCAAAGAAAGUUUGUAGACCAAGUUUAUUUUGGCUUGACAACACCCUGCUUAAAACGUUUGAUAAAUUAACCAAAAAAGAACAAAUAAUCAGGCAUUCUCUGGCUUUGUAGCUGUACGUUUCUUAAAUUGACAAUACUUAAUGAGGAGGAAGUGAACAGAAACACUGUUGAAAUGUGUUUGAUGAAAUAUAACAGUUAUAGUUAAGCAAUAUCACAAGCAAGAGUGCGAUAUGGCCCUAAAUCAGCACUGCUGUGAUUCCGAGUGCCGUAGGUACUGAUGCAGGACCAUGUGCUGAUGCAUGGUUGUUAUUGUGAUAUUGCAUAUAUACAACAGUGAACAAGUGCAUUUAAAAAAUAAAAAGGAGGAAAAACUAUGGUCACAAAAAACGCAUUUAUGCAUGGAACUACUUUCUUAUGCAAAUAAGAUUCUGCUGGUACAAACCAAAUGAUGCAUCCAAGCCUCUC